AUGUCUGUUUAUAUCUAUCUAUCUAUCUAUCUAUCUAUCUAUCUAUUCUGUUUAUAUCUAUCUCAAUCUGUUCAUAUCUAUCUCUGUAUCUAUCUAUCUCAGUAUGUUCAUAUCUGUCUAUCUAUCUAUCUCAGUCUCUUCAUAUCUAUCUAUCUAUCUAUCUAUCUAUCACAGUCUGUUCAUAGCUGUCUAUUUAUCUCAGUCUGCUCAUACCUAUCUAUCUCAGUCUCUCAACAUCUCACUCUGUUUAUAUCUAUCUCUAUCUGUUCAUAUCUAUCUAAAUCAGUCUGUUCAUGUCUAUCUCAAUCUGUCCAUGUCUAUCUCAUGAUCUCCCUUUAUCAUUCUCUCUUCUUUUUUUUUAAUACUUUCUCCUUUUCUUUUACUUUUUUUUUUACUCUUUCCCUCACGUUUAUUCCCAGUUUCCCCACUUUUAUUCUCUCUUUUAUCUUCUAUCUCUUCCUCACUCCCUGCUUUCCCUGUCUCUUCCUUUUUAUCUCCCUCUCCUUCCAUUUGUCCACACUCCUUUUUCUCUCCUCUUCCCUCCCCUUUGAUCUCUUUCUCCCUUUUUCUCUCCCUUCUAUCCUUACCUCUCAUUUCACUUCUUUCUUUUCUUUCUCCUUCCUUCCCUCUUUGUCCACACUCUUUUCUCUCCUCUUCCUCCCCUUUGAUCUCUUUCUCCCUUCUUCUCUCCCUUCUAUCCUUACCUCUCAUUUCACUUCUUUCUUUUCUUUCUCCUUCCUUCCCUCUUUGUCCACACUCCUUUUCUCUCCUCUUCCCCCCCCUUUGAUCUCUUUCUCCUUUUUUCUCUCCCUUUUUCUCUCCCUUCUAUCCUUACCUCUCAUUUCACUUCUUUCUUUUCUUUCUCCUUCCUUCCCUCUUUGUCCACACUCCUUUUUCUCUCCUCUUCCCUCCCCUUUGAUCUCUUUCUCCCUUCUUCUCUCCCUUCUAUCCUUACCUCUCAUUUCACUUCUUUCUUUUCUUUCUCCUUCUUUCCCUCUCUCACUCCCUCCAAACCUUUCAUUUCCUCCUUUCCCUCCUUUCAUUUCCUCCACCAUUUCCUUUCAUCUCUUUCCCUCACUCUUCUCAGCUUUCCUUCUCUCUGUCAUCCUUGCCUUCUCCUUACCACCUCCGACGGAAGGAAAUUCAAAAAGCAAGGGAGGAGGUGGAAGUUGUCCUUCUGUUAUUGUUUUUCCUUUUUAA